AUGGGUGAUAUACGAAACUUCACACAGGCAUUGGAAAAUGUUUUCAAAGAGAUAUUUCUUAACUACAUGAAUGGCUGGAGGAACAACAUGACAGCAGAACAAGAUGCACUACAAGAACGAGUCAACGCUGAAAACUUCAACUACGUUAUCUUGUACCUGAUGGUGAUGAUUGGCAUGUUCUCCUUCAUUAUUGUGGCUAUCCUGGUCAGCACGGUGAAGUCAAAGAGGCAAGAGCACUCCGAUGACCCAUAUCAUCAGUACAUUGUGGAUGACUGGGGAGAAAAGUAUAAGAGCCAGAUCCAGAAUAGAGAAAACUUUAAGUGUACAAUCCAUGAAAACCUUGGUGCAAGGGAGAAAAAGAGCUCACCUUGACUUAUUUGAGACUGUAAUAGUGGACAAAUCAUAAAGUACUGCCUAUUGAUUUUG